AUGAAAAAUAGUAAUGACAGAUCUAAAGGUUACCUACCUCAACUAAAAGAUUAUUCAAAAGAAAAAGCUAAUAAAUUAAAAUCCUUCUUCAAAUCAAAUCGUAGUAUUUCAGAAAACAAAAUUACAGAAAAUAAAUUCAAAGCUUAGAAAUUAUUGAUCGAUAAUUAAUUUUCAAAUGAUCACACUCUUAUGGCAUAUUAUAUUAAGAGUAAUGAAAAAUUAACUGAAAUGAGAUAAAUUCUAACCAAUACAUCUGUUUAAUCUGAUUAAGGAGCGAAUAAAAAAAAAAAUUUCCCUUUAGGCUCAUUAAUACAGAGAUUUUCUCCAAUUGAAUAAACCAAAAAAGAAACUUAAGAAGCAAAUGAAGAUGUAUCAAAUGAAUUAAUGGAAACUGAAUAAUAAUUAAUACAAUAAUAAAAUAGUAUUGAAUAUGAAGAUAAUGAAGAUGUAAUAAGUAAUAUAAGUAGUGAAGAUGAACCUAAAAGAUUUAACGGAAUUGAAAUGUAACAUGAAAUUAAGAAAAUCUAAUAAAAACUAAGUAAAUUUAAUUGAUAUCUUUUUAGAUCAUGAAAUAGAUUAAUCUUAUUUUUAUUUUAUUAAACGAUAAGAUAAAUUAAAAGAUCUAGCAAUUAAUUUCAAUAAAAAAAAUGUAGAUCCAAUUCAUUUUUACUGUUUAAAUGAUAAUAUAUUUCCAAAGAGAAUAGAUUUAUCUAAUUGUUUGGUAAAUGAAAAGGAAAUGCAUUUUUCAGAUCUUGGCCUGACUGAAAAGUAUUUUCCUUUGAUUAAAAAUUUAUUACAGUCAGUAAAAAGUAAAAGUGUGAAGCAAUUAUUUUUAUGUAAUAAUCAAUUAGAUGAUAAAUCUUUACUUUAUUUGAUAGAGGGAUUCCCUCUUUCAUUAAAAGAGAUUAAUUUAGGAAAUAAUGUUCUUGGUAGAAGAGGGGCUUUAAUAUUAUCAAAUCAAAUUUAGAAAUUUACAAAUUUGAAAUCUCUAAAUCUUUAAAAUAAUUUAUUAGCAGACAAAGGUGUCACUGUUUUGUUGAAUUGUUUUUAGAAAAACAUAACUCUGCUUAAAUUAAAUUUAUCAGAAAAUUAAAUAACUGAUUCUUGUUCUACAGCAUUUUAUUAAUUCUUAAUGCAAAAUAAUUAUCUAGAGAUAUUAGUAUUAAAUUGGAAUCAAUUGGGACCAUCAACAGGAACUAUGAUAUCCAAAGGUUUACUAUAAAAUAGAUCAAUUAAAGUUCUUGAUUUAAGUUAUAAUCAUUUAGGAUAGAAUGAAAGAAGCAAUUUUAUAUAAUCUUUAUGUGAAGCUAUAUCUAAUCCAUAGAUUACUUUAGCUCAUUUAGAUAUUUCUUAUAAUUAGUUAAGUGAAAAAUAACUAUAAUAAUUCAGUAUAGCAUUAUAAAAGAAUAAUUCUUUAUAUGGUUUACAUGUUGAAGGAAAUAAAUGUUCUGCAAGAGUAAAUCCAUAUGGUUUUAUAUAAUUUAUUAAUGAUAGUGAAGAAUUUAAAGUAGUUUAGCAAAAGAAAACAGCAAUAGAUGGUGUAAAUUAUAUUCCACUGCAAGGAGAUAAUCUAUUCGGAAAUGAUUGUUGUUGGAUUUGUUAAGGAUGGAUGGAAUAUAGAUUCUAAUAUAACCCAGAAAAUGAUAAUAAUUAAGAUCCAAUAUUUAUUCAUUUGGAUUUUUUAGAGUAAUUAGUAUAAUAACUAUUAGUUAUUAGCCAAUUCCUAUGACAAGUAGUUAUGAAUUGAGAUAAUAAUUGAUUGAAGCUUAAAAAAGAAAGAGUAAUUAUUUUGAUUUGACAACUGGAGAGAUAAUUCAUUAAUUAAAAUAAUUAGUAAAUACUGAUAAGAGAAUAACUUUAGCAGCAAUUACUGAAGCUUAUGCAGAAGAAACGAAUAAAAAGAGUGAAGAGAUAACAAAAUAAAUGAUUUAAGAAUUAAGUAAGUUUUAUUAUACAACUUAUUAAAUGUGUCCUCCAAAAAGAAAGAUUUUAUUUUUUUUUUCAAAUCCAAUAAAAGAAGAAUAUUUUAUAGAUCCAAGAGUCAUGAAUAUGCCUGCUCCUUUAGAUAAUGCUAUUUUAUAAGGUAAAGAUCCUAAACAUGGAGUUCAUAUCUUUUCGGAUGGUACAAAAUUAGCUUUUACUAAAAUUUAAUAAGUAAAUUAUAUUUUUUCAAGAUAAGAAUAUAUAAUAGAUGAUAAAGAUAAUUAUAAACCAUUAAUUAAAGUAUUCCCUAGGUCAUCUUAAAAAAAAUAUGUUUUAAGAAGGUUUGCAAACUUUUUAGUGAGAAAAUAAGCUCAUCUAAUUAAAUGGCAUAAAGAAGAUUCUAUUUUUAGGCCAUUUAAUGGAGAUACUGAGGAAUUAUUAAAUGAAUGUUUCGAAUUUGAUUGGAAUAGUAGUAAAAUUAGUCGAUUUGUAAAAAGUGAUUACGAAAAAUUAAAAUUAAAAGAAUACUUUAGAUAUCAAUAUUAAUUAAUCAAAGAUGUUUAUAAAUUUUAUUCAAGUGUUGGAUAUUAACCACCUACUUUUGAUGUUUUUUGUAUUCAAUUUCCUUAAUAUAUGAAAUUAUUGAACAAACUUGAAAUCAUAGAUGGAGAUCUAUUAAAAUCUUAGGAUGUUGAAAUUGAUGUUGUAUCUUUAAAAAAUAAUGUUGAUCCUAAAUUUAUUUAUAAUCCAGAAAAAGCUAUAAUAAGAUAUUAAUUUAUGGAAAUGUUUUUUCGUAUUGCUAAUGAUAAAUAUGUUAGAACAGACAUUCAUAAAAGUUAUGCUGAUGCACUUUUUAGAUUAUUAAAAGAAUUCAAAGAAUAAUAUGAAUAAUUUGAUCUUAUUUAAGAAUGGAGAACUUGUAGAUUAUGGACUAAAGAAUGUGAUCAUUUAUUAUAAAUUAAAAUGCCCUUUAUUAAAAAACUCUAUGAUUAUGUUACAGAUAUUACAAAUAGAAAAUGGUAUUUUAAAUUAAAAUGGAUAUCUAUAAGAGAGUUUAAAGAAUUUUGUAAAUAAUUUAAUUUGCAUGAAUAUUUGUCAGAAAAACUUUAAGUUAUUAUUUACAAUUUUUCUAUGAUGACAUAAAUUGAUGAACUUACUUUAGAUAGAAAUAUAAGAAUGACUUUUAUUGAAUUUGUUGAGGCUCUUGGAAGAAUUGCUGAAAGAAUCAGUCCUGCUCCUAUUCAUGAACAUUCAGAUUCUUAUAAUCUAUUAUAAAGAUAAUAACUACCUUUACAUGUAAAAUUAGAAUCUCUACUUACUUAUUUAUAUUAUUAAAUGAAAUCUAGAGAUUAUGAAUAUGAACAAUUUUGUGAUCUAUUUGUUUAUUAUAGACCUGAAUAAACACCCAAAACUUGUUUUCCAAAAAUUGACAAAACUAAAAAAUUAGACAAAGAUCAUGAUUUUCAUAAUGGUUUAACUUCACUUACAAUUUAUAAUACCGUCUCGUAUCUAAGUAAUUUUUAUUAUUAAUUUAAGAUUAAAAUAAAUAACCUUAUUUAAAUCCUAAAUAUAAAUAAUUUUUAAAAUAAAACAUCAUUUAAACAUCUCCUAUUCGUCCAUUUUAGCAUAUAUUCUAAAGUGAUAAAAUCAAAAGAGCUAGAUUGUAACCAGAAACUUACAACUUAGAAACAAGAAUAAAUUAAUCAUAAUUUAAGGCUUAAAGUCCUAAUAUUCAUACAACUCUCUCCUAAAAUUAAUGA